AUGAUAAACCCUAUCGCUUCGCAAAUAGCUGCUCUUUCUGACCAUAGCGGCAUCGACGAGUUGACAUUGAAAUUGGCCAUUUGUCUAUUUGCAUCGUUCCCCUUAAACGCUCUAUUGAAAAGAUUACCCGACAACAACAUUACGUUAAAAUGUUGGUAUAUUAUUGGAAUCUCUGCGCUAUACCUUUUCGGAGUUCUCAAUAUAUUUGAUGGGUUCUUCACGUUGUUUCUAAGCACUUGUCUAACCUAUGGCAUUACUAGGUUCUAUAAGUCACGAUUCAUGCCCUAUGUGAAUUUUGCCAUUGUGAUGUUUUUAUUGGCUCUGAACCACAUGCGGGCUCAGUUUUUCACCGAGUUCGAUCCGGCCAAAAUAGAUAUUACAGGUGCCCAAAUGGUGCUUGUGAUGAAACUCACAUCGUUUGCAUGGUCGUAUCACGAUGGCACUUCCCGGGACCAGGCUGCCCUUUCAGAUUACCAAAAAGCACAUGCAAUCAGGAGUCAUCCUUCUUUUUUACAUUUUAUGGCUUAUGCAUUCUUUUAUCCGUCUCUCUUGACAGGUCCCAGUUUUGAUUACGCGGAUUUCCAGUCAUGGCUUAAUUGCGAAGUGUUCCGCGAUCUACCUGAUGCUGAAAAGCCCAAACGUCGUUGGACCACGAAGCAAAAAAAUCUUCGCAGGCAAAUUCCAAAAUGUGGGACGUUUGUGUUUUGGAGAGUUAUCCAAGGUCUUUUCUGGAUAUCCUUAUCGUUUGUUGCGCCAAAUUACUUUUCAUUGGACUACGUCUUUACGCCGGAAUUUUUGGAGAAGGGCUUUUUUUACAGAAUCCAUUACCUUUAUGCUUUGGGAUUUACAUUCCGUCUCAAAUAUUAUGCUGCGUGGACCAUUUCCGAAGCUUCUUGUAUCUUAUGCGGUCUAGGUUACAAUGGCUAUGACUCUAAGACACACCAAAUAAAAUGGGAUAGAGUGAGGAACAUCGAUAUUUGGAGAUUUGAGAUGGCUUCUAAUACAUUCGAGGGUCUAGAGGCAUGGAACAUGAAUACUAACAAAUGGUUGAAAUACUACGUCUAUUUGAGAGUGGCAAAACCUGGCUCAAAACCCGGGUUCCGGAGCACUUUGUUCACAUUUCUGACAUCCGCUUUUUGGCAUGGUACAAGACCAGGAUACUAUCUGUCUUUCGCCACAGGUGCUCUUUACCAGACAUGCGGCAAGUUUUUCAGAAGGAAUUUGAGGCCCAUGUUCUUGAAUGCGGAUGGUUCUGCGCGUCCAGCCAAAAUACUGUAUGAUAUCAUCUGUUUCUACACAAUGAAAGUAGCGUUUGGUUAUCUGGUUCAACCAUUUGUGAUUUUGGAUUUUGGUAAAUCUCUUUAUUGUUGGCGCACGGUGUAUUUUUACAUCCAUGUGGGCAUCGCAUUGACUUUCUUCGUGUUCAGAGGUCCAUUUUCUGGAAAAGUUCUCAAGUUCUUGAAGUCUCGGCACCCCGAAAACCCGACAGCUAAGCGUGAAAAGGUCUCUGUCGAAGCUGCUGGUCCAUUGGCCGAUAUAUUGAAAGAAAAGGAACAAUUUGAAGAAGAGGAAAUUAUGAGAGGCAUGCAACUUGGUAUUCCCGAGGCAGAUUUCUCUUUAGAAGAGGUAAGAAACGAAGUGAACUUAUUUUUGAUGUCAUACGAUCAAUGGAGAGCUGAAAAGGGUUUGGAAAUUGAGGAAGAAAAUCUCCAAAGAGCAUUUCAAAAUUUCCGCGAGGAAUUAAGAUCGGACUCUCCUAGAAGAGCAAGUUUCAGCUCUUAUUCGCCCAAGCCGGUUAGAAAAAGAAAAAUCUGA